AUGGGAAUCCGACUGCGUAAAAAGAACCUGGCUGCGCUGCUGGUCGCGGCCUCGUUCAUGCUGGUCAUCACAUGGCUGUUUCUAGCCACGUCCUGGCACGCUCUACGACACGAUCCAGCGGCUGCUCUGAUGCAUUCCUUCGGGUCCAAGAUCAGACCUCUACGAUACAUUGUUCUGGGCGACUCGUGGUCAGAUGAUGGUUCUCGCCACGUGUUCCGAACAAACGAGGGAGCCAUGGACGACACAAAGCCUGCUGUCAACGACGAUCAGCGGUACUGGGUGCAAAAGUCGCCUCAGGGAGGACCCAAGAAGGUGGCCAUGAGCUGCCGAGGACUGGGAGGGCGAUGUUCGGAUGGUAUUCUGUGGUCCGAGUACGUUUGUGACUCGUUGGUGAGCUGCAAGCACCACGAUAACUUUGCUUACAAUGGAGCCAAGCUUACUAACGAUAUCAUGCCUGGUCCGAUUCCCGAUCUCAAGUCUCAGAUUGACGAAUUGCUGUUGUGGGAGUCCAAGCUCGAUGAAGGACACGAAUUGAACGUUGCCAACCUGACUGCUCAGAGAUCGGAGAACCUGCCGGCCUCUGGUCUCACUUCUGGUAAUGUCAUCACUGUCUGGUUUGGAAUCAACGACAUCAAGAAAUUGCUUCUGACUGCCGCCACAGAAGAGGGGGACCACAAGACCGUCAAGCAGACCGUGGCGAUCCUGUUUAAGCAACUUGAACGACUUCAAAGUGCCUACAAAAACGCCAACAUCAUUCUCAUGAACUCCGUCGACAUCACUUUCACCCCUUGGUUCUCGUACCAGUUUGGAAUCAACUCCAAGCGGGGCGCAGCUGCUUUGGCUGAGCUUCGAGCCGCUCGAAUCGCUGAAAAGGCAGCCCUUCAUGAAAAGAACAGAUCCUCCAAGAACUACAAGAGAGACGAGGCGGAGACUCUCAGAGACGCAGCUGAAAAUACCCAUUCCGAUAAGGAUGCUCUCAGGGACGCCGAGGAGGCCCAGAAUGAGCUCUACGAGUCCGAUGAAGAUGAUGUCGAGCCCACUCCUACUCCUACCCCCACUCCCACCCCAAAGCCCAAGAAGGCGAAAAAGAAGGGCAAGAAGAAGACCAAGAAGCCCACCAAGGGCAAGGAGGCGCUUAUGAACGCGCAGAAACAGGCUGGCGACGAAAAGGCCGAGAAGCAGAGCGCUGAGAAGGAUCUGGAGGUCCUUCGAAAGGCCGAUAAGAAGGGGGCCAAGACUUUCAAGGACAAGAACUUUGAGGAGGAGGCCAUUGCUGAGGAGCUGGAGCCGGUGAGUGAGUCUGAACUCUCCGACGAGAUCGGCUCCGAAACUGAAGCACAAAAGGCCCUCAAGGCUGUUCAGCAGUUUGAUGCUCUGGAGAGAGAACGAGUCAAGCAAAUGGUUGCUUCUUGGAACCAAGAGCUUGCCGAGCGUGCUCGAACGUUCAACAAGGACCACAACCGUGAGAUUUUGCACGUGUUUGAUGCUCAGCAGUUCGUCAUGAAGAAUGCCAAGUACUACCUGGUCCAUGAUAUUGAGAGUGAGUGCAUCGAGCGAAUCAACCACUCCACCGAGCACUGUUCCAAGACCAAGAAGGGACUCAUGUACUGGGAUCCUCUUCAUAUGCGGUCCAUUCGACACAGAGAGCUGGCUGUUGAGGUCUUGUCCACUUUCUACGAGCGUGCCAAGAUCCUGGAUCUUUCGAAACUCGGUCUGAGUCUCAAGAACAUUGAUGUUAGUAAACUGGAUGUUACCAAGCUGAAGGAUCUGGAUCUGACACGAUUGAGAGACUACUCUGGUUUCACUAGUUUCAAGAACUACGUGACCAAGAACUGGCAAAGUGUUCCUAGUUUUUCGAAGUUGAAGGGUUAUGUUAUUCCCGAAUAA